CCUCGAGUGGCCCGAGGUGGCCUGGCUGCUGGGUCGGAAGCAGCGCAGUCCGUCUCAUCGCGUCCCGGGUAUGGCGUCCCCACGGGAAUUGACCCAGAACCCCUUGAAGAAGAUCUGGAUGCCGUACAGCAAUGGGCGGCCCGCUCUGCACGCCUGCCAGCGCGGUGUUUGCAUGACCAAUUGCCCAACGCUCAUUGUCAUGGUAGGCCUGCCCGCCAGGGGCAAGACAUACAUCUCUAAGAAGCUGACUCGCUACCUGAACUGGAUUGGCGUGCCUACUCGAGAAUUCAACGUUGGCCAGUAUCGCCGGGAAAUGGUCAAGACAUACAAGUCAUUUGAGUUUUUCCUUCCAGACAACGAAGAGGGCCUGAAAAUCAGGAAGCAGUGUGCCCUGGCAGCCCUCUGUGAUGUCCGGCGGUUCCUUAGUGAGGAGGGGGGACAUGUGGCGGUUUUCGAUGCAACAAAUACCACCCGAGAACGGAGAGCAACCAUCUUUAAUUUUGGAGAACAGAAUGGCUACAAGACUUUUUUUGUGGAGUCCAUCUGUGUGGAUCCUGAGGUCAUAGCUGCUAACAUCGUGCAAGUGAAACUGGGCAGCCCUGACUAUGUGAACCAUGAUAGUGAUGAGGCCACGGAAGAUUUCAUGCGGCGCAUUGAGUGCUAUGAGAAUUCGUAUGAGUCACUGGAUGAGGACCUUGACAGGGAUCUGUCCUACAUCAAGAUCAUGGACGUGGGGCAGAGCUAUGUGGUAAACCGUGUGGCUGAUCACAUCCAGAGCCGUAUCGUAUAUUACCUCAUGAAUAUCCAUGUGACCCCCCGCUCCAUCUACCUCUGCCGGCAUGGGGAGAGUGAGCUCAACCUCAAGGGCCGGAUUGGCGGGGACCCGGGACUGUCCCCCCGGGGCAGGGAGUUUGCUAAGAGUCUGGCCCAGUUCAUCCGUGAUCAGAACAUCAAGGACCUGAAGGUCUGGACGAGCCAGAUGAAGAGGACCAUCCAGACAGCUGAGGCCCUGGGUGUGCCUUAUGAGCAGUGGAAGGUCCUCAACGAGAUCGAUGCGGGUGUCUGCGAGGAGAUGACCUAUGAGGAAAUUCAGGAUCAUUAUCCACUGGAGUUUGCCCUGCGGGACCAGGACAAGUACCGGUACCGGUACCCCAAGGGGGAGUCCUACGAGGACCUGGUCCAGCGACUCGAGCCUGUCAUCAUGGAGCUGGAGAGGCAGGAGAAUGUGCUGGUCAUCUGCCACCAGGCCGUGAUGCGCUGCCUCCUGGCCUACUUCCUUGAUAAGGCAGCAGAACAGCUGCCCUACCUCAAGUGUCCACUGCACACCGUCCUGAAGCUAACCCCUGUGGCUUACGGUUGUAAAGUGGAGUCUAUAUUCCUGAAUGUGAUGGCUGUGAACACGCACCGGGACAGGCCUCAGAAUGUAGACAUCUCGAGGCCUCCGGAGGAAGCCCUGGUCACGGUUCCCGCUCACCAGUGACCAUGUCUCAUCCAUGGUGACCCCCAGGAAGGUAUUAAUCCCGGCAGACAAGGUCAUCCCAAGCCCCCUGGUCCAUGUGACAGUUUCUAUGCUGGAGCAUCCUCAAGCUGCACCUGGCUGGUGGCACCCAGAGCCCCUGCACCAGCCCACCUGCUUCCUUGUUAAUGGAGACAGGAUUCCAUGAGGUGCCCAACCUGCUGCUAAAAAUCAUUUGGUCAGACUGCAUCUGCCCUGGACUGGUGAGAGGUUUCCUAGCAACCUGGUCCUUCUGUUGCAGCUUUGAGGUGUCCUCUCACUGGUCAGUUGGCUUUGUGAAGUAUGAAACCCUAAACAUGUGAACGGAGAGCGCAUGCUGUGAUGCUCCCACCAUGGCCGAACUGUCUGAGGUAGACCUGAGGAUUCCAGCAGGGACUCUGCUUCCCUCUCCGUGUGGGGCCCUGAGCUCUGCUCCUUGGGUCCGGGGGAAUGCCCUUCCCAUCCUGCCCUGACAGGAGCUGGAGAGCCGCCGAGGCAGACCCCUCCACCAGCCAGGCCGUUGUGUCGGAGCCGCUUGUGAGAACACUGUGCUCACUUCAUGCCGUGAUGCAUAGAAACCCACGGGGAGCACAGCCUCUCUGGUCACUCCUUCCCUACUGUGCACACACUGGAACAUUUGGGGGAGCUGGUGGCCAAGGCCCCUGCCCAACUGCUAUCGCAGUGAAAGCACUCAAAGACAGGGCAGUCGUGUAAGCACCCCCGUUCCAGUGCACAUCCCAGGUGCUCGGGGGGAGAGGCUGCCAACCUGCCUCGCCCUCCUGGCUGUGCUCUCUAGGCUACCUCUCCCCCACUGCCACCUGUUUCCAUGCAGGAGCACACCCUGGGGGGCAGACAAAUGCAUUUGCUGUGAAUGAUUCAUAGAAAAAAGCCUGUCCUGACGUUCA